AUGCGAAAAUUUCAACUCUCUAUCACUUAUUAUUAUCGUGAUACGAGCAUGGAAUCCGAUGAUGCUGACGUUGAUGUUAAUGAUAUUGGUCAAGUUAGUGAUGUUGCUCAAGUUAAUAAUAUUGGUCAUGUUAGUCAUAUUGGUGAAGUUAAUAUUAUUAUUGACCAAAUGCUGGCCACCAAGCGCAAACUCUAUGCAAAAGUAAAUUAA